AGACACAGUUUACACCGGGAUCUAGAAGCUGGAUUUUAAACUCAUAUCUCUCUCUAGAAUUUCAGAGUUCUAUUAUGAUCUCUGUUGUAAUUAACAAUUUGGUUAAAGUUUGUUCUUUAAGUGCAUGUGCUGAGAAUUCAUAUAUGUUCGGGAUGUACUGGAAUUAACAGGAUUUAAGAGGUCAUGGUGUACAUACUCUAGGAUCAAUAAGAUUUACCAGUCCCUGGAUGAAGUGCUUGAGAAGCCUUUAAAUGCCAUAGUCAACUGCCGUUGCAAAGAAAAGAAAAUAGAUGGUUUUGGAAGGUUCAUGCUGUUUCUUCAUUGAAUUUUAGAAUGAUUGAAGAUAGUGGGAAAAGAGGCAAUACCAUGGCAGAAAGAAGACAGCUGUUUGCGGAGAUGAGGGCUCAAGAUCUGGAUCGGAUCCGACUCUCCACCUACAGAACAGCAUGCAAGCUUAGGUUUGUUCAGAAGAAAUGCAAUUUGCACCUGGUGGACAUUUGGAACGUCAUAGAAGCAUUGCGGGAAAAUGCUCUGAACAACCUGGACCCAAACAUAGAACUCAAUGUGGCCCGCUUGGAGGCUGUGCUCUCCACCAUAUUUUACCAGCUCAACAAACGGAUGCCAACCACUCACCAAAUCCAGGUGGAGCAGUCCAUCAGCCUCCUGCUUAACUUCCUGCUGGCAGCCUUUGAUCCGGAAGGCCAUGGUAAAAUUUCAGUAUUUGCUGUCAAAAUGGCUUUAGCCACGUUGUGUGGAGGGAAGAUCAUGGACAAAUUAAGAUAUAUUUUCUCAAUGAUUUCUGACUCCAGCGGGGUGAUGGUUUAUGGACGAUACGAUCAAUUCCUGCGGGAAGUUCUCAAACUACCCACGGCUGUUUUUGAAGGUCCUUCAUUUGGUUACACAGAACAGUCAGCUAGAUCUUGUUUCUCUCAACAGAAAAAAGUCACCUUAAAUGGUUUCUUGGACACGCUCAUGUCGGAUCCUCCCCCACAGUGUCUGGUCUGGCUGCCCCUCCUGCAUCGACUGGCAAAUGUAGAAAAUGUCUUCCAUCCAGUUGAGUGUUCCUACUGCCACAGCGAGAGUAUGAUGGGAUUUCGCUACCGAUGCCAACAGUGUCACAAUUACCAGCUCUGUCAGGACUGCUUCUGGAGAGGACAUGCCGGUGGUUCCCAUAGCAACCAGCACCAAAUGAAAGAGUACACAUCAUGGAAAUCACCCGCUAAGAAGCUAACUAAUGCGUUAAGCAAGUCUCUGAGCUGUGCUUCCAGCCGUGAACCUUUGCACCCCAUGUUUCCUGACCAGCCCGAGAAGCCACUCAACUUGGCCCACAUCGUUGAUACUUGGCCACCCAGACCUGUGACCAGCAUGAAUGACACCCUGUUCUCCCACUCUGUCCCCUCCUCAGGAAGUCCUUUUAUUACCAGGAGGUUACCUGAGGGGAUAAGUGCAUCCAGCCCUGUGGCUGAGGAGCAUUCGCUCAUAAAGCUGUAUGUAAAUCAGCUCGACCACCACGCACGCUCUCCUCCCAAGGACAGUGAAGUAGAGCAGAACAAACUGCUGGCUAGGGCUGCUCCAGCUUUUCUGAAGGGCAAAGGGAUACAAUACAGCCUGAAUGUGGCAGACAGGCUAGCUGAUGAACAUGUUCUCAUCGGGUUGUAUGUCAACAUGCUCCGGAACAACCCAUCAUGUAUGCUUGAGAGUUCAAACCGGCUUGAUGAAGAGCACAGGCUGAUCGCCAGGUAUGCGGCAAGACUGGCAGCAGAGUCCACUUCGUCUCAGCCGACUCAGCAGAGAAGUGCUCCUGACAUCUCCUUCACCAUUGAUGCAAAUAAGCAACAAAGGCAGCUGAUCGCGGAACUAGAAAACAAGAACAGAGAAAUCUUACAGGAGAUCCAGAGGCUGCGGCUAGAGCAUGAACAAGCUUCUCAGCCCACUCCAGAGAAGGCGCAGCAAAACCCCACUCUGCUGGCAGAACUCCGGCUCCUCAGACAGCGCAAGGACGAGCUGGAGCAGAGAAUGUCUGCUCUCCAGGAGAGCCGGAGAGAGUUGAUGGUCCAGUUAGAAGGUCUCAUGAAGCUACUAAAGGAAGAAGAACUGAAGCAGGGAACCCAGGGGGCAGGUUCUCCUCGCUCCUCCCCCAGCCACACCAUCAGCAGGCCCAUCCCCAUGCCCGUGCGGUCUGCGUCGGCCUGUUCCACCCCGACGCACACGCCACAGGACUCCCUCACUGGGGUAGGGGGAGACGUACAGGAGGCGUUUGCACAAAGUUCAAGAAGAAAUUUAAGGAAUGAUUUACUAGUGGCAGCAGAUUCCAUCACUAACACCAUGUCCUCUCUCGUGAAAGAGCUGAAUUCCGAGGCAGGGAGUGAAAGCGAGAGUAAUGUGGAUUCUGAAUUUGCACGGACUCAGUUUGAGGAUCUGGUUCCAUCACCAACCUCUGAAAAGGCUUUUCUAGCACAAAUCCAUGCCCGAAAACCUGGGUAUCUUCACAGUGGAGCCACCCCGAGCACCAUGCGUAGUGACAUGGUUACAGAAGAUGGGGAUCCCUAUGUGCAGCCAGAGGAUGAGAACUAUGAAAAUGACUCAGUCCGGCAGCUGGAGAAUGAGCUCAAGAUGGAGGAAUACCUGAAGCAGAAGCUGCAGGAUGAAGCCUAUCAGGUCAGCUUGCAAGGUUGAAUACAAAAUCCUUUUAUCACUCUCCUCUCAAGCAAGCUAUAGUCAGACAGAUGAUGAAAGUAACAUGAAAGCUGGUGAUGAAGGAGAGCCCUGCACCCACCCACACAGAGGAGAAGACAGCAGCCUGGCAGCAAGCUCACCGAAGAGAGGAACCACCACACGCAGCUGCUCCCGACAGACCCCACCCCUAAAGAUGUGUUCUGCCGGCUAUAGUGCAGCCAACUUUUUGUUGUAAGAUUUGUAGUUCAUAGGUGUGUGUUUUGAGAAGGAAAAAAAAAGAGACUUCUGUUCAAAGCUAACUUAUCAGCUACAUCUCCUGUAACAUGGCUCAUCCCUCAAAAAAAAAAAGGCUGAAAACCUGCUGCUGUGACGAUGGCAGUGUUAACAAGCAUUUUAAACCUUUGCACAUGAUAUUGAACCUGUUCAGUUUACAAUUACAAUAUUAAUACUGUUUAUAGCUAGAAGUUUGAUUUCUGAAUUGUUUGAGAUUUUAGCAAAACAGUUUAUUAUACACUGUACAUUUUUUUCCACAGCAAUUGGGAAAAAACAACCACUUGCAAUUAUUCACUAACCCUGAAGGAUUUGGUUCCUGAGUGUACAGACUCAGAGCCCAGAAGCCAACAAGGGGCCUUGGCCUGCACGGUCUGCAGUUGUCUCUAAGUCUCUGCGAGCAGUGACUUGAACCAAAUACACCAGGAUAAUCCAGUCUUUGGGGUUUCUUUCCAACUUGGGGUUGUUUUCUUUCAAGAUCCUCUAACCAAUCAGCCAUAGAAGUUAGUGUAAAUAUUUUUUCCAAAUAGAUAUCAUAUUCAAAAAAAGGCAACAUUCAAAUUAUAUAGAAUCUAGUUUUUAAAAUCAGCACAGAUCUUCUUAAAAACUGUGAACUAUGUUUUGAAAUACUCGUUACUAAAGCUGUUUAUAAACCACAGGUGCCAUAAGAUCCCCAAACGGACUAAAGCUAUCUCUGCUCUUCCGUGGUCUUGUUCCUCUCGUUUUAGCUUUAGGGAGCAUGUGUCUAACAGCACCUCUCAUCCACGAGUUCCCCAGCAGGUUGUUUGGAGGCCUUCAGCUUUAAAUGUACAGGCUUAAAGUGCGCUUGCAAAAGUUCGCUCUCCUUUUAUUUCUGAAUGUUUAUUGCCUUAGCUGGCUACCUGGUGUUCUGCAUGCAGCCUUCUGUGGUCAUGUGAGAGGAAACAGGCUCUGCUAAGUUGCAUUGGGAUUUGGCACUCAGCAAAAAGCUGAUGUGCGAAAGAACUGUCAAAGAAGGGAGAAUGAAAGACUCUGUUGAUGAUCCUUUAUGAGGCCCCUCUUUGGGGAGCACUAAAGACCUCUCUUAGGGAUUCCGGGGAAAUGAAAAAAUAAUCUUCCACUUGUCUCAAGAUUCGAUGAAGUAAAAAUCCUGCAACAUACUCAAAUUGGCAGCUUCUCUGGAAUUCCUGUUUGUCCUUUAAAAGAAAGAAGAGACCAUCCUUUUAGAACAAUGAUUCUCAAAGUGUGUUCCCUCGACCAACAGCAUCAGCAUCACUUGGGAAUCUAUUAGAAACGCAAAUUCUCGGGCCCCAACGCUGGCCUACUGAAUCAGAAACUCGGGGUGGGCCCAGCAAUCUGUGUUUCAUUAAGCCUUCCAGGCGAUUCUGAUGCCCACUAAAGGUGGGGAACCACUGCUUUAGAAUAAAAUCAUAUAAUAAAAUCUCUGAAAAGGCCCUAUUCAGAAUAAGCAAGAAAGGUUCUGAGUCAACCUCAAAGCUGUAGCAAUUGGAUUUUGCUUCCAGGGCUGGCAAAAACCCUCUCCCAGCCCACAUAGUCAGCAGUAGGUGGGUGCCCAGCUGAGAACAGACACCCUGACAUCUUCUAACUCCCUCUCCGGAGGGCUCUAAGAUGCUCUCAUCUCUGCGUUUGUUCGGAAAUCAUCUCCUUGACUGCCCUUUGGAACAGAACUGCUUGCCUUGGGGAUAGUAAAGCUCUUGGUUGGCGUUAGUAAGGAGCCCAUUCUGUCCAUUGAUGUGCUUCAUCAUGCGUCCCUCCCGAGAACCAGCCUGCCAAAUGUCCCUGAGGACAGGCUGACACCAAAGUGGCACAACUACACACUUCUCAGAUUUCUUUGCACAGAUGGAUUUUAUUGCGGGUUCUGUUGAUAUAUCUUAAUGUUCAUCUCCUUUCCACUGCCCAUCUUCUGUGAAACCAUACCUCUCUAGAUGGAGCAAGUGGCCCCUCGUGCCUCAUACUCGGUACUUAGAACCACUACAUCUCAGCUACCUACAUUGCUGUCAGCUCCAAAUCAUAGCCGGGUAGUUCCUGAACUUGGAACUCUGACCCUGCAAGUGGCAUUCAGCCACUGACUGGACUGAGCUGACAUCUGUUGUUAUUUUGUGUUUCUACAUCAAAACAUUUGUCUAAGGUUUGAACUGUUUUGCUGAUAACCUUCCCCCUGUCAUAGGUUUCAUUGCCAACUCCAUCACAUGGUUGUUGAUACCAUCGUACAAAGCCAUCGCAAGGACUCUGGAAACUGCUGCCAAUGACAAAUUCC